UCAUUGAGAUUCUACAGUUUUACAGAAUUUUCUAUUUAUCCUGUAGCCAAUUAUUGCUUGGGAGAUGAUCAGCGGGGGUACUCAAACUGAUUUAUAACAUAUGACCAUGUCAAAGUAAACCAUAUUGAAUUGAAUAAAACAGACUUCUUAUCUGUCUCUUAUCUGCAACAAUCUCUUUUCUUUACCUGUUUUUCAUUUAAUAUUUGGCUUCACAGAAUAGGCCCCGCAGUUCCAGAGAUUGAACACUGUAUGCCAUAUGUACCAGGGCUGCUGGAAUGCGUAUGAUCUGGAUCUUUGAAACGGUCUCUCUCUCUCUCCUCUUGCGCUCCCAGGGAACGGUGGCCAGCAGUCAUGGCUGAAGCACCGGGAGGAGAGGAAGAUGAAGGUGAGCGAGGCUGCUGGCAGGGAGAUGAGAAGGGAGGCAGUCCAAACGCAGCCAACGCCAGAGAUGCCGCCGAAAUGCUCCCCCUUCGAAAGGGUCAUCUUUGAAAUAACCCACAACGAGACGGUGGCCAACGAGGUCGCGCUGGGGCGGCGGGUUGCCUUCUACGAGCUCCGCGGAGAAAUAGGCCGAGGCAACUUCUCCACUGUCCGGCUGGGGGUUCACACCCUGACCAAAGAGAGGGUCGCAGUCAAGAUUCUUGAUAAAGUGCGUCUGGAUAAGAAAACGCAGUCCCUCUUUGCCUCGGAGAUCUCCUGCAUGGAGCAGCUAUCCCACCCUAAUAUUGUGCGCCUGUAUGAGGUGCUGGAAACAGUAAAGCAUCUGUAUCUGGUAAUGGAGUAUGGCAGCGGAGGAGAUCUCUUCUAUCGCGUCACCACUAGAGGGUGCCUGUCUGACCUGGAGAGCAAGCUCAUUUUUGGCCAGAUCGUGUCUGCUGUGAAGUACAUGCAUGACAACAACAUAGUGCACAGAGACCUGAAGGCAGAGAACAUCUUUUACACCACGAGCUACUGCAUUAAAGUGGGAGACUUUGGCUUCAGCACCGUGAGCUCCCCUGACGAGGUUCUCGCCACCUUCUGUGGCUCUCCGCCGUAUGCGGCGCCCGAGCUCUUUAAGAACAAAGGCUACGUCGGCCGCUACGUGGACGUCUGGGCCCUGGGGGUCCUGCUGUACUUCAUGGUGACGGCUUGCAUGCCCUUCCGCGCGGACAACAUGACGAAGCUGAAGCGCUGCAUCUCGCACGGGGCCUACUGCCUGCCCGCCCACCUGCCCGAGCCCUGCCGGCAGGUCAUCAGGAGCAUGCUGAGGCCCGUGCCCCAGGACCGGCCCUCCGUGACCCAGGUCAUGGCCAGCCCGUGGCUUAGAGGGGUGGAGUACCCCGAGCCUUACCCCGCCUUAAGCCCGACUCCCGCCCACCUGGCCGGGCCCUCGCGGGCGCUCCGCGAGGACGAGCGGGAGGUGAAAGCAGCGCUGGCGCUGGCGGGCAUCACCGACGCCCACCUGCGGAACAACCCCUGCGCGGACUCCCGGAGCCCCAUCACGGGGAUCUACCGGAUCAUCGCGCACCGCGCCCAGAAGAGGAGCUCCGCGGAGGCCGUGGGCUACUCUACCGUGUACCCUGACGACUUCCAACACCGCAGGCUCUUGACCCGAGCCAGCGCGGCUAUUAAGAAGCACAACCCGUCUGCCGUGUGCGCCAUCCUGUAGGGGGCGCUACAGCGGACAGGGCACAGUGACCACCUGCAACAAGAAGCUUUUUUAAAAUUCUUCAUAUGCUACAUUUUCUCUACGCAACAACUGUUUGGAUCGGUGAAUAGGACCUUGAAAAUGCUAGGUGUGCGGCGGUAACUGUCCAAAAGGAAUGGCAGGUUAAAGUGAAUGCAGCUUGUUGUACAGUGUGGUCAAUAAUGGAAAUAUACAAUGGUGGAAAAGUGUAUGUGGAGUGAGAUGGCCAUAUGCGAAUGGCACUUGGAAAGUUAUAUUAUCUCCCCGAACCAUUGCACUUUUCCCCUUAUAUACCGAAAAGCAAAGGAAAACACCAAGUCAUCAAAUAAAGACACAAUCAUAAAACUGCACAGCAAUGAUCCUGCUAGUGCUACCUCUGUAAGCAUACCACACUGGGUUAACCUUUAUAGCUGAGACACUAACUUGUUCCCCACGACAUUGGCUUUCCAACAAUACCAAACAUGAUUACACUGUA